UGCUCAAAAUCAUUAGACACAUACACUUCACCAGUGACACCGGCUGCACUCUGGACUGCAAUGAGGCACAUCAGCUGCACAGCCUUUUGGUUAAUUCUUUUAAACCUGUCUGUACUUCAAGCUUCACGUUGUAAGAGCCUAAAAGAGAAAUGUAGAAAUUCCAAGGACGAUUGUGAAGGACUCUGGAAUGCAACACAAAGAAUUUGUGAAUUUUCAGGCAUUGAUUGCCAACUUAGAAAUUUAAUGAACUGUAGAUCAACCAUAUCCUAUUUCACGGAGACAUAUCCUGAGUUUAAAGCUUGCACUUGCUCAGAAGAUAUUUACUGCAGCGUCAAAAAGUUACUAGAAAUGGAAUGUAUUCCAGAACAAGUACAGAAUGUUCCUUUGGGACCUAUAAAGCAGCAAAUUUCUAUUAUACAAAAAAGCUCUAUGCAUCAUCCAAGAAAAAUUGAUACCACUUUGCCGGGAAAGGCAAAUGAUUGCAUUUUAGCGAAACAAUUAUGCAAAGAAAACCAUAAUUGCUUUUCUUUAUAUGAAAACUUCAAAAGUCAAUGCAUUCAUCCACAAGAAUGCACCCUGAAUGAUGCCGUACAAAGUUGUCUGACAGCUUGGAAUGAACUGAGAGAGACUGUAAUGGGAAACUGUGUAUGCCUAAACUCAACAAAAAGAAAGUGUAUCAAAGUUUGGAACAGUAUUUAUAAUAAUACGUGCUUGAAACAUGCAAAAGAAAGACACAUUUUUAAACAAUCAGAGAGUAAAAAUGAUUUUAACACUUUGGACAUAGAUUCAUAUUCUUCUCAAGUGACUAUAAAUUUAGAAUGGGAUACAAGUUCAUUAAAGGAUAUUGAAUAUGAAGGUCCAAUGUCUUGCUUUAAAGUUGCAGCACUUUGCAUUGGGGACUCUGUAUGCAAUAAGCACUUGGCCGUACUUAUGAAAUCUUGCCCUGUUAAUGGAAAUACAUGUAUUGUAAAGGACUGUGAUAAGACAAUGCGCUCAUUCUACGAAACUAUGCCUUUUAAUGUUUCCCAAAUGCUGGCAUUUUGUUAUUGUGACCAAUCUAAUGAGGACUGUCAAAGUGCUGGAGAGGUGCUCCACAGCAGAUCCUGCACAGCCACCACAGAUAUACUCGUUUCUUGUGUCCGUGUGGUCAAUAGCUGUCUUGAGAAUGACCUGUGCAGAGAAAGAUAUGAAGUCUAUCAGUCAAAAUGUUGGGAACACACUAGCAGAUGUCAGAAUGAAAGGAACUGUUUGCUAGGCAUAACCAGAGAGGAUCUGACUUGUUCUGCUAGUGAAGAAUGUCGAGCUGCAUACAUUGGAACUUUUGGAACAAAGCUGCAAACUCCAUGCACUUGUGACGCUGAAUAUGGUUAUGAGGAAAAGCAUUUGUGUGACUUGUAUUACCACAUACUGAAUGGCAGAUCGUGCGUGAAAAGAAUUACUGCAAGAAACAUUCAUGCAUCAUACAGUGACACACAAGAUGAACAGUUACCAAAACCGCACACCUAUCAAAGUGACCCGACAAUAUAUAUUAUUGCCUACACUACUGGAAUCGUUUUAAUUUUUGGAAUUAUUCUUUUGACUUUACUACAGACAAGAGGCUGUAAAUCACAAAAGAUAAUUAAUGUCCCAAGAAGAAAUGCUUCGGAAGGCUUAAUGAACUUGUAAUAAUUAAGACAUAUUUUAUAUAUAAUAUAUUCUUGGAUGAAGUUUUAGUGCUUAUUAGUGCUUAUUGCUAAGAGCAGUGCUGUGUUUAUUAUAUAUAUUUGUACCUUUUGGGGACCACAAUGGAAAGGUCUUCACACUGGAUUUCCUAGUUCUGAUACAUUGAAGUCUCACUUCUACUACUGCAUUGUGUUUACUGUAAAUCAAAAAUCUGAAUGAAGAGCAAGACCUCUCGCAGUGACAAGAGUAUGUGAAUAAUGCAGAUGUCACUCCAGUUCUGGGCAGACUGAUCCUUCAAUCCCUAUUAAUUCUACUUUGGUAAACUUUUUUGUAUUCUAAAGAAUUAAAAAACACAGUCCAUGUAAGUUUAGUUUAGUUAUAAUGAACGAGCCAAGCUUUUUAAUAAUGUAAAAGAUUGAUUGUUGUAUUAUUUUUUAUACAAUAUAAUAUGAAAUUAUGGAGAAUACUUUUUUUUUCUCCCUUUAAACUUUGUCAUAUAGUGAGAACAUCGGAAACAUCCAAGAGUAAUGCAAAAUGCAUGUACUUUUUUCUGACUGUAAACAUUCAGAAUCAAUCAAUCAUUCGAUCUAUAUACUGUAUAUAUAUACAUUCACUAUAUUACCAAAAGUAUUGUGACACCUGC